AUGCCCACCGCUGCUGCUGCCAGAAAGCCUGUCGGGAAACCUCCCGCUGCAAAGGCUGCCGCCCACAAGGCUGCCAAUGCUACCACACAUCCCAGCUGGGACUGUAUCACUGCACACCCAGCCGAAGCCCGCUCCGGCGUCUCGCGCCCCAUGAUCAAGAAGUUCGUCGAGGACAAGUACCAUAUCCAGCUCAACAAUGCCAACGCGAGCCUCCUCAACCGCGCCAUCUCCCACGGCAACGAAAAGGGCAUCUUUGUCCUCCCCAAAGGCAUGUCUCUCCUCUCCUUUCCUUUACCUCGUCCCUCGGGAAAGAUAAAGCUGGGCCCUAAAGCUCCCCCAAAGUCAUCAGCUGCGAAAGAGAAUGCUAAACCCGUAUCCAAGAAAGUAGCAGCGCCCACAGGCAAAGCCGCCUCGUCCACAGCUAAACCCAAGGCUACUUCUACGAAAGCCAAAGCCACCGCUACCACCACCGCUGCUUCCAAACCCAAGGCUGCUGCUACCACUACUACGAAGAGCGCUGCGGCUGGGAAGACGGCGGCGGCGGCUAAGAAGCCUGCGGCGAAGAAGGAUGCGUCCAAGGCGCCUACGACGAAGAAGGCACCCGGUACGACGAAGAAGGUUGGUGCUGCGAAAGCGGCCGCUGCUAAAUCGUCUGCUGCUGGAACGAAAAAGGCUGCUACGGAGAAGAAGAAAGGAGGUGUUAAGAAGGCUGUGACGGGUGAAGCGAAGAAACCUGCGUCUAAACCUAAAGCUACGAGUGCAACUGCGGCGAAAGCUAAACCUGCAUCGGCGUCUGCGGCGAAAGCGAGCAAGGCAAAGCCGCCUUCGUCAAAGGCUAAAGCUGCCAAGCCUGCGUCGGCGCCGGCGAAGAAGCCUGCGAGUGCAAAGGCCAAGGCUGCUGCUGCUGCCGCCGCUGUACCUGCACCUGCGGCUGCGGCUGCUGUUGAGACGACGGUACCAGCGACUGAAGAGGCGCGCGCUGGUGCUGCUGCUGUUGUUGAGGAGAAGCCGGCGAGCAAGGCUGCUGCGUGA